CACAGGGUGACGCUGAAGAAUUCGUCCCUUUUAGCUGAUAAUCCACUGAAAUUUUCAGAAAGAUUUUCUUCGGCGAGCUCUCCUUUUCGCCACCGUCGUGAUGUAACCUACAAUCUGUCAUUGCCGGCGCGAAUUUGUUAUCGUCCGUGCUUCUUUCGCAAAGAACCGAGGAAAGUUUCAUCAGAGUUUCAUCAAAAUGAUCGAACAACAGAAGCAACGGAUAGAGAUGGAGAUCACCAAGCAGUUGGAUGAUCUCGAUCGGACGGUUCUGCGGAAAAUGCAGGCGGAUAUGCAUGAUUGUGCUGCAAAAUGCUGCAAGGACAUGACUUCCUCCAUGGACACGGUACAGCAAUGCGUCGAACGGUGUUCCGUCCCCGCCCAGCGUGCACAGCAGCAUGUGGAAACGGAGAUGAACUCGUUCAACAACCGGCUCCAGCGCUGCGUUAUGGACUGCAACGAUAGUAUCAAGGAUAAGAUGGGACCGAAUCCGUCGGAAGGAGAAAUCGCCAAGUACACGGCUGAGUUCGAGCGAUGUGCCAUCAAGUGCGUGGACAAGCACGUCGAGAUUCUGCCAAACAUGUUCGCCAGCAUGCGAAAAGUGUUGCAGCGUCGGUCCUCGUGAAGAGCGUCUGCUGAAAGUGUUCUGUUGAAACCGCACCCGGUCACGGGCGCACGCUGCAUUUUGCCUUUAUUUGUACGGGAUCCAUGAUUCUCCCAGAGUAUAGUUUUACUCUGUCCUAGGGCUUCGUUAUUGCAGGGAAUAUGGAAAGUUGUAUUAUAUAGAACCAUUGCGCUGCAAUAAAUGAAUCGUGACAAAUCAGUUAUACUGUA